AUGAGUUCGAAAAUCUUUGGAGCUGAUGACGUCAUCCCAGUAAUUAGAAAGAUUACUGAAGGCGUUAGAGAAAAAAAGAAAGAAACUGGAGAAACCAUUGAAUUACGUAUUGGAUUCAAGGGCUACGAUGCUAAAGAGCAAAGACUUAGAGGAGAAGUCACUCUACCCUUCCCUAAGCGUAGAACAGAGAAGGUCUUAGUUAUUGCUGACAAUGCUUUAGCCCGAGUAUUAGAAGGAACAGACAUUCCUUUUGUUAUGAUGGAGAACUAUAAGGGUGAAACUAAAGAGAUGAAGAAGAUGAAGAAGAAGUUAGUGAAGAGCUAUCAUGCUUUUAUUUCUGUUGCAUCAGUUUAUAAGGUUAUUAAGGCUAAUGUCUUCUCAGGUAAGAAGAAGCCAGUCUUUAUGAUUAAGAACAUCAAUGACAUUAGGAACUUUUAUGAAGAUGUUAAGCGAAAGGUUCAGUUGAAUCUUAAGGCUGAUCUUCUUUUGGGCUUCUCAAUUGGCACAACUACUAUGCCUGUAGAAGAGGUAGCACAAAACUUCUCUACUGCUAUGUCUGCUAUUCUUGGAUUUGCUAAGAAGGGCAUGCAGAACAUUAAGUCGGUGCACGUUAAAUCUACUCAGGGUAAGCCAAUUAAGUACUAUUAA